CCUGAUGCGGCGGCUCCAGCGGCAUUGCUUCCUCCAGCUGCUGAUGAUGCAGCAGAUCCUCCAUUUCCUGCUGCGGAAGAUGCUCCUGAUGCGUUUCCGGCAGCGGCUGAUGCGCCGUUUCCUGAUGAUGCGGCAGAUGAUCCACUACCUGAUGAGGCAGAUGAUCCAUUUCCUGUUGCGGAAGAUGCUCCUGAUCCGUUUGAUACGGCUGAUGCUCCUGAUCCGUUUGAUGCGGCUGAUGCUCCGUUUGAUGCUGCUGAUGCUCCUGAUCCGUUUGAUGCGGCUGAUGCUCCUGAUCCGUUUGAUGCGGCUGAUGCUCCAUUAGAAGCUGCUGAUGCACUGUUUCCUGCUACAGCCGAUGCUCCUGAACCAUUUCCUGCUGAUGCGGCAGAUGCUCCAUUAGCUGCUGCGGAAGAUGCUCCUGAUGAGGCAGAUGAUGAAUUUCCUGCAGCAGAAGAUGCUCCUGAUCCACCAGCUGAUGAUGCUGAUCCGGCUGAGCCAUUUCCGCUUGAUGCUGCUCCUGAUGCUGAUGAUCCUGAUGCUCCUGAUGCUGCUGAUCCUGAUGAUGAGCUUCCACUGCCUGAUGCUGCUGAUCCUGAU